AUACCCACCGACGUGCAGCCUGACCGCCCCAUCGGCUACGGUGCCUUCGGUGUCGUAUGGGCGGUCACGGACCCGCGCGACGGGCGGCGCGUGGCGCUCAAGAAGCUGCCCAACGUGUUCCAGUCGCUCGUCUCCUCCAAGCGUGUAUUCCGCGAACUCAAGAUGCUCUGCUUCUUCAAACAUGAGAAUGUACUAUCGGCACUAGAUAUCCUGCAGCCGCCCAGCCUCGACUUCUUCCAGGAAAUUUAUGUUAUAACGGAGCUGCUACAAAGCGACCUGCACAAGAUCAUCGUGUCACCGCAACACCUCUCUGCCGACCACAUCAAAGUCUUCCUCUACCAGAUAUUAAGAGGUCUAAAGUAUCUGCACUCGGCCCGUAUCCUGCACCGCGAUAUCAAACCCGGCAAUCUUCUAGUGAACAGCAACUGUGUACUCAAGAUAUGCGACUUCGGUCUCGCGCGGGUCGAGGAGCCCGAUGUUACGAAGAAUAUGACGCAAGAAGUUGUCACGCAGUAUUAUAGAGCACCAGAGAUCCUGAUGGGCGCCAACCACUACACGGCCGCCGUUGACGUGUGGUCUGUAGGCUGCAUAUUCGGCGAGCUCCUAGGCAGGCGCAUACUGUUUCAAGCUCAGAGCCCUGUGCAACAGUUGGAGUUGAUAACGGAGUUAUUGGGAACGCCGUCGCUGGAGGACAUGCGACACGCUAACAACAACGAAACGGUAAAUCGGUCCGCAGAGGAAAUUCACAAGUUCAUAGCGGAGCAACUGCAGACGUCGCGGGUCCCUCUGUGCAUCAACCCGCAGUCGGCGGCGUUCAAGAGCUUCGCAAGUUCUAGAGCGAGCUCGAAAGCAAAAGUUUGUUCCCCUUUCAAGACGGCGGCAAAAAUACUACUUCUGUCGCCAGUGAUAUUUCUGUGCGCCGCGUAACGCGCGCGGCGGCGAUAGCGUAACGAGCCCCACUCGACAGUGGCGCACCCCUCCGAGUUGCCGCCCUCGCCGCACCAGUGGGAAUGACGCGAGUCCAAGCGCGCCCCCGACAAGCGACGCGCCGACUACACCGACACGCGAUAACCAACCUUAUGUUUAACGUUAUUAAGACACUUUUACAGUGAUUGGACCUGUUUUAAAUGCAGUUGCUUUUAACAUAAUUUAAUAACAAUCGUGACGUAUCUAGUUCUUUAGUAUUGUCCAAUCACUAAGUAUUUUAUAUGUUUCUUACUUUAUUUGUGAAGAUGAGUCUAGGAUAAAAAUUUUUAGUUUUCUUUUAAUCUCAUUAGAACAAAUUUAUUUCAAUUGUAAAGUUUACUUUCGUUUUCUUUAUUUAAUUUGACUAGACUUGUCUAUAUACAAAAAGCCGCACCAUACCUCAUUAAUGUGACUUCCAAUCUAACGAACACCAAUUUACAUUGCAUAUAAUACGAACAGACUAGUUUUAAUGCUAACUUAGUAUAGUUACGGAGAUAAAUUGCUUCGUGUGACGUCACUACCAAAUAUAUUUUGUCCUAUGUCUUUCUGAUAGUAUAGCAUUAUGCCAAGUAUAGAUGUAGACAGAUUCCCUGUGAAUAUA